AGUGCCUCACCCCAGGCAGGGGAGUCCUUGACAACGGUGUCCCCAGUGGUCAGUCAGUGCAGUCCUUCCACAGAGUUGGACAGGAGCCUCUGCUCAGAGCUGCCCAGACCUAGGGAGAAAAGCACCUACUGUGUGUUAGCCCUAGGAGAGUCAUUCCCUGCCACCUCAGCAAGUCAGUCUCGUGAUAAGUCCCAGUGUCAGAAAAGGCUCUUGGGAUCCCAAAUGUAGGUCUGGCUCAGGGGCCUCCUGUUCUGACCCCCUCUUGUUAAAGGUGCAAUGGAGGCUCAGAACUUGACUAAGAUCAUCCAGGUAAUCAGAGGGAAACUAGCACUGCAACUUCUUGACCCCAAGCCCAGUGGUCCUGCCUCAGAACCAGGAUGUGUCCUGUUUCUUUCUUACCUUUCUGUGAUGUAAUAUUCCCAGCAGUCCUGCUCCUGUUUUAAAUUUCUGGGUUUUUUUUUUUUUUUGUAUGUGUGUGUAUGGACUUUGAUGGAAUCAUAACAAAUAUCUUACAUAUUCAUGCCAUAAUGAAAUAAAAUGAAGUCACAUAAAUUGAAUUAUAAAACUUCAUAGGAAUAUAAUUUAUUAAGCUUUUGGGAUUAAUCAGCAAAAAAUACAGCUAUGAGUUGAAGGGUAACAGCAUAGUAGCACAUUUCCUGCCCUAAUGGGAUGGAACCAGAGUACUUAGUGGCAAGUUUUGAGCUUUGCUCCAGUCUGUUUCAAUCUUGUGACAAUGGGAAACUCAGAACAUUUCUUAGUUUUUGUUAAAAAAAAAAAAAAAAAAAAAAAACUAUAAGAAAUGUAACCUCCCAUUGAGACUACUGAUUGUCAGGGCCAUACAUACCAAUCUUCCCUGGAUACACAUGAAGAUGAGCUGAUGUUAAAGUGCCAAACAGCCUUUUUUUUAAUUGGCAAUCUCAGCAGGGGUUAGCAGGAAGCAAGAGCAGGUGUAUGUAUGUCUCUGUGUCUCUCUCUCUGCAUCCCUGAAUCUCUCCACAUCUCUGCCUCUCUCUACUUCUCUCCACAUUUUUCUUUUCUAUGGACUCAAAGCUGGCCAUUUAUAUUUACUGUCCUCUGGGAUUACCCCAUGCCUAGCCCACUCAGCAGUGCAUGAGUGGAUCCACAGAAGGGAUACCUGGAGUUAGUGCUGCAUCUUAAGAAAAGAUCUAGCAAGAAGACAGAUCCCUCACCUUUUCAAGGAAACACCUGUGAGAAACAACCUCCUGCCUCAGAGGCCAAGCCCCUUUUUACAUCCUGGGUCCAUCCCACCAGCCGAUAUGGCAUACAUGGUUUAUCAGAAGGAAAGUCCCUAACAAAGAAAUGCCUUUUCUCCUACUCUCAAAAACUUUUGAGAAUCAGUAGGAAAGAUGUGUAUUACAGAUACACACACACACACAGAUACGUUGUUGAGAAGCUCAAAAUAGGAUUAUAAAUAUAGCAGAUGGGUAUAGAGGAUAUUUCCAUUUUCUUUAUUUCCUUUCUUCUUUUUUUUUUUCUAGAUUGGGACAGUAGGCCUGAAACCAAGGAGUCAGCUCCCAAACUAGGUAUAUCUAGGGAGAAUUUUUCUCAAAAUACACUCAUAAAGGAAGAUUUUUCUAUAUCCAGUCUGAAAGAAGCUUUGGCAUAUGGUGGAAAACCAGAGAGGCAACAGACCAUUGAGGAGAACAUUUCCAAACAAGUAAAUAUCAUUCAAAGGAAAACUUACAAUGAGAUGAGAAGCCAUGAAAAUAUUAAGUAUAACCGAUGUAUCAGUAUGGAACCAAAGGUUUUUGCUCAACAGAGAAUUUUCUUAGGAAAGGAUUUUCUCAGAUGUGAUUCUGGCAGAAUGAACUUCUUUCUAUCUUCAGAACCAAGAAAGUGUCAUAGAACUUACUCUAAGGAGAUAGAGUCUAGGUAUAAUGAAUGUGAAGAAUCCUUCACUUCUCAGUCAGAUUUUAUUGCAUCUGAUAGAUUUUAUCCUACAGAGAAACAUGAUUAUUCUAAAGAAUAUGAGAAAGCUAUUAAUUUCAGCCCAUUUGUUAAUUCCCAUCAGAAUAUUGAUAUUGAAGAGAAUGCUCCUAAUAAUAUUAAAUUUGAGAAAACUGCCAUCCAAAAGGUACAACUAAUUGAACAUCAGAGAAUUCACACUGGAGAGACAUCUGAAUAUAGUAAAUAUGGGGAGUUUUUCAACCAUGGUUCAUCCCUUGCUUCCCAUCAGAAGAUUCACACUGAGAACAAACCUAACCAUUGUUUGAAGUCCUUCCUUCAGAGUUCUCAGCUUUCUCAUCACCAGCAAAUUUAUACUGGAGGGAAGCUUUAUGAAUGUAAUCAAUGUGGGAAGGCAUUCCACCUGAGGGAACUCCUUACUCUCCAUCAGAGUAUUCAUACAGGAGAGAAACCUCAUAAAUGUGCAAAAUGUGGAAAAGCCUUCAGCCAGAGAGGACAUCUUAAUCUACAUCAGAGAAUUCACACUGGAGAAAAACCGUAUAAAUGUAAUGAUUGUGGGAAGUUCUUUCGUCUGAAAGAACACCUUACUCGACAUAAGAGAAUUCAUACUGGUGAAAAACCUUAUGAAUGCAAUGACUGUGGUAAGGCCUUCCGCUUAAGUGAACACCUUACUCAUCAUCAGAGAAUUCAUACUGGUGAAAAACCUUAUGAAUGCAAUGACUGUGGAAAGGCUUUCCGCCUGAGUGAACACCUUACUCGUCAUCAGAGGAUUCAUACUGGAGAAAAACCUUAUGAAUGCAAUGAAUGUGGGAAGUUUUUCAGACGGAGAGGACUUCUUACUCGGCAUCAGAUUAUUCACACUGGAGAGAAACCGUAUGAAUGUAAUGAAUGUGGGAAGGCCUUUAGUCUGAAAGCAUCACUUACUCGACAUCAGAGUAACAGAUGUCAUCCCAUAUCUGGAAAUUAAGCUAAAAUUAUAAGACCUAAAUAUGGACAACUACAAAAUUCUGAGAAGUAAAUUAAAUGGAUGGAA